AGUCCACCUGGGGCAGGCACAAUCCCUGCAGUCACCUCCUCUCCCCUGAGAGGGGCAGGCUCCAGCAGACAGUCACUUUUGUUACUCAUCACAGGCAGCCCUUGUGCUGCCAGCCCAUCCAUCCCACAUGCCCAGAGGAAUCCCCCCAGUCAAAAACCCAGCUACAGCUGGACACAGGGUGCUGCUCCCCCUGUGCCACCUCAGUUCCUCCAUGUGGACAUCAGUGGCAAGAUAACAGCAACAAGCAAGGCAGCACUGCCCAAGCCCAAGCAGGCGAUCCUGGCAGCGCAGCGGCGGGGCGAGGACGUGGAGACCUCCAAGAAGUGGGCAGCAGGCCAAAACAAACAACACUUUAUUACAAAGAACACAGCCAAGCUUGACCGAGAAACAGAAGAGCUGCACCAUGACAGAGUUCCCCUGGAGGUGGGCAAAGUAAUCCAGCAGGGUCGGCAGAGCAAGGGCAUGACGCAGAAGGACUUGGCCACAAAAAUCAAUGAAAAACCACAAGUAAUUGCUGACUACGAAUCAGGAAGAGCAAUCCCCAAUAAUCAGGUUAUGGGCAAGAUUGAAAGAGCCAUUGGCCUUAAACUGCGUGGGAAGGAUAUUGGAAAACCACUCGAAACUGGCCCCAAAGGGAAGUGACAACAAAGCCUCGAAAUCAGUUUGUUCAGACUGAUCUCGUCUGGCUGGUUUUCCUUAACCACCAGAAUCUCUCUUCAUAUUGCCAAGCUGAACAAGAGGGUUUCAGACUUGCUCUGGGGGGGAAAUCUGCAGAAUCUGUACCUGCUGUAAAAAGGCAACCUUAAAGAAGCGUUUGUCCUGAUUUUGUUUUUCCUUCCUCCUUUCCGGAGAUUGAGGAACUAAACCCCCCCAAAAUACUGCAUCUAAUUUGCCACAAAACGUGUGUGUCUUGGUGUUUAGAAGCAGCUAAUGUUAAGACACUCGGGGUGGUCUGAAAUGUGAUAAUUUAAUUGGAACAAUUUGGGGGAAGGGUGGGAUAUAUUAUAUAUAAAUAAUUUGGGAGAGUUGAGGGUUAAUCAGUGUCUGCAUUUGAAAUGAUGACUCAGUCACUGCAUUGCAAUGACUUUUUUUCUCUGUUCCUUCCAGCCUGUUUUAAAGAGAUCUAUAAUAAAGUUUGAUACCCUUCAGUUGCA